GGGGCCUAAAUGCCGUGUGAAGGCGGCAACAUGGAGGCUGCAGGGAGUGAGGACAACUUAGCUCAGAGAUGAAGCACCUCGUCUGUGAAUUACUCUUGGGAUGAAGAGGAGCUCUAUGGAGGGUGCAGGAAAAAACCUUCUAUUAAGCAAUUUCUAGUUAGGCUCCACCUAUGCAAGUCUGUGGUUGAGCUGAACUACUACGUGUAUUCAAGACCUGGACUGUGCUGUAAGGACAGAUUGUAAACUCAGCAAAUCACUGGAAUAGCAAUGAUACCAAGGCUGGAAUUAGUACUAUGGGAAGUUUAGUUCUCUCGCUCUCUCUCUCUCUCUCACUGUCUCGCUUUUGCUCUUUUUUAAACUAUGACUAAUAUCCGUGAUGAAAGGUCAAGCAGGUUGUCAUGACAACCCCCACCUCUUUUGAGGGGGAUCACUCGGUUCCUAAAUUCUUUGUUUCUUCCGAUGAGGAUGAAAUUGACAAUCUGGAAUCAAACAUGAAGGCAGAAGACCUUGACCUUUACGAUGAUGAAAAUGAUUCAGACUCGCCUCCUGAGCGACAGAUCCUGGUGGGGAUUUGUGCAAUGGCGAAGAAAUCAAAAUCAAAACCGAUGACUCAGAUCCUAGAACGUCUGUGUAAAUUUGAGUACAUCAGUGUUGUGAUUAUUAAUGAGGAUGUCAUUCUGAAUGAAUCAGUGGAGAACUGGCCAGUCUGUGACUGUUUGAUCUCUUUCCACUCCAAAGGUUUUCCACUGGAUAAGGCAGUGGCUUACGCAAAACUCAGGAAUCCCGUUCUCAUUAAUGACUUGAAUAUGCAGUAUUAUAUACAAGACAGGAGAGAAGUCUAUCGAAUUUUGCAGGAAGAAGGAAUAGAUCUUCCUCGUUAUGCAGUGUUAAAUCGUGAUCCAGACCGACCUGAUGAGUGUAACUUGGUGGAAGGUGAUGAUCAUGUAGAAGUGAAUGGAGAAAUCUUCCAGAAGCCCUUUGUUGAAAAACCUGUGAGUGCUGAAGACCAUAAUGUGUACAUUUACUACCCUGUGUCGGCUGGUGGAGGGAGCCAGAGGCUUUUCCGUAAGAUUGGGAGUCGGAGCAGUGUGUACUCUCCUGAAAGUACAGUGCGUAAGACUGGUUCAUACAUCUAUGAAGAAUUCAUGCCAACAGAUGGGACAGAUGUAAAGGUAUACACAGUUGGUCCUGACUAUGCUCAUGCCGAGGCUCGCAAAUCUCCAGCCCUGGACGGGAAAGUGGAACGGGACAGUGAAGGAAAAGAGAUUCGUUAUCCUGUGAUGUUGACAGCUAUGGAAAAGCUUGUUGCCAGAAAAGUGUGUGUAGCUUUUAAGCAAACAGUCUGUGGUUUUGAUCUGCUGCGUGCCAAUGGACAUUCCUAUGUUUGUGAUGUCAAUGGAUUCAGCUUUGUGAAAAAUUCCAUGAAAUAUUAUGACGACUGUGCAAAAAUACUCGGUAAUAUAAUCAUGCGGGAGCUCGCCCCACAACUGCAGAUACCAUGGUCCAUACCCACAGAGGCCGAAGAUAUCCCCAUUGUCCCAACUACCUCGGGCACCAUGAUGGAGCUGCGUUGUGUAAUAGCUGUCAUUCGCCAUGGUGACCGAACCCCCAAGCAGAAGAUGAAGAUGGAAGUCAUGCACCCAAGAUUCUUUGACUUGUUUGAGAAAUAUGAUGGAUAUAAGACAGGAAAGCUGAAACUCAAGAAACCAAAACAGCUUCAGGAAGUGCUAGACAUUAGUCGUGAGCUGUUGGCUGAACUGGGGCAGCAUAAUGACUGUGAAAUUGAAGAGAAGAAAUCCAAGCUGGAACAGCUGAAGACCGUGCUGGAGAUGUAUGGUCAUUUCUCUGGUAUAAACAGGAAAGUACAAAUGACCUAUUUGCCACAUGGACAACCCAAAACCUCCAGUGAAGAAGAAGAUUCAAGAAGGGAGGAUCCAUCCUUGCUUCUAGUGCUGAAAUGGGGAGGAGAGCUAACUCCAGCAGGGAGAGUACAAGCUGAAGAACUUGGAAGAGCGUUUAGGUGCAUGUACCCUGGAGGACAAGAUGAUAGCAGCAAAGGUUUGAGCUGUGAUUCUCCCAUUGACUGUGGUGAUUAUGCUGGCUUUCCUGGUUGUGGGCUGCUACGUUUGCAUAGCACCUACAGACAUGACCUGAAGAUCUAUGCCUCUGAUGAGGGCAGAGUACAGAUGACUGCAGCAGCUUUUGCCAAGGGACUCCUGGCACUGGAAGGAGAGUUGACUCCAAUUCUGGUGCAGAUGGUGAAAAGUGCCAACAUGAAUGGUCUUCUGGACAGCAACAGCAACUCACUGAGUAGCUGUCAACAACGUGUCAAAGCACGGCUUCAUGAGAUCAUGCAGAAGGACCAGAUGUUCAUGGAGGAGGACUACAAAAAGCUGGCUCCCACUGGCAGUGCUUCUCUCAUUAACUCCAUGAAAUUAAUUCAAAACCCUGUCACCACUUGUGAUCGGGUUUACUCCUUGGUUCAGAGCUUGACCUCACAGAUUAAGAAGCGGUUAGAAGACCCCAAGUCAGCAGACCUUCAGCUGUACCACAGUGAGACCCUGGAGCUAAUGUUGCAACGCUGGUUAAAACUGGAGAAAGAUUUCAGGAUGAAGAGUGGCCGCUAUGACAUCAGUAAAAUCCCAGAUAUCUACGAUUGCAUCAAAUAUGAUGUGCAACACAACAGCGCUUUAAAGCUUGAGGACACCUUGGAACUCUUCAAGCUCUCCAAGGCCCUUGCAGAUAUCAUUAUCCCUCAGGAAUAUGGCAUCAAUAAGGAAGAGAAGCUGGAUAUUGCCUAUGGAUACUGCCUUCCAUUGAUCAAGAAGAUGCAGUUGGAUUUACAAAGGACACAUGAAGAUGAAUCUGUCAAUAAACUGCACCCACUCUAUUCCAGGGGGGUGAUGUCUCCUGGACGCCACGUUCGAACUCGGUUAUAUUUUACGAGCGAGAGCCAUGUUCAUUCUUUGCUCAGCUUAUUUCGUUACGGGGGUCUCUUAGGAGAGCUAAACGACCAGCAGUGGAAGAGGGCCAUGGACUAUCUUGGGGCAGUCUCAGAACUGAAUUACAUGACUCAGAUUGUUAUCAUGCUUUACGAGGAUAACAAUAAGGACCCUUCAUCUGAAGAGCGAUUUCAUGUAGAGCUUCAUUUUAGUCCAGGGGCUAAAGGCUGUGAUGAAGAUGAAAAUGCCCCUACGGGAUCUGGCUUUCGUCCUGCAUCGGCUGAGAAUGACGGUGGCUCCAAAACUGACCAGGGCAGCAUGGAGGAUCUCUCAGAGAAUCGAGGGAAUGAUGAUGUGGAUGGAUUUCUUCCAGCCUUGCCUCAGCCAGCCGAUCCCUUUUAUGCCCAAAGGAAGUCUGCCCUGACCAAGGCCCGGAAAAUGGGCUCCAUGGAGGUACUUUCGGAAAGUUCCACCAAGUACACUGGAUACCGGCUCUUGGUCCCACCAUAUUCCAGGCAGAUGUCUGAUGUGAAACAGAGUGGACUGGGUUCCCAGUGUGCUGGUUUGUUCAGUACUACAGUACUUGGUGGCUCCUCUAGUGCCCCUAAUCUCCAAGACUACGCCCGCUCGCACCGCAGAAAAAGUGGCUCCAGUUACUUUUCUCUGAAGGAUGAAAUGUUAUCUAUGCCAGCCGUUAAAAGAUUUUCUGUCUCGUUUGCAAAGCAUCCGACUAAUGGUUUUGAAGGCUGCUCUAUGGUUCCUUCAAUUUAUCCUCUUGAAACGCUCCACAAUUCCCUCUCCUUGAAGCAGGUGAAUGAAUUCCUUACGUCUAUCUCUGAAAUUUGCAGAGAAUCUCAUGAGAGAGCAUCAAAAGAGUUUUCAGCGAUGUUUGAGACCAUGGGAAGUAACCAGGCCACCGUGGAUGCAUAUAUCCCACAACAGGUUCUGCCCUCCUCAGUUGCCUCCCUCUCAAUACGUUCUCGCACAGAGAAACCUCCAUGGUAUAGCAGCGGUCCUUCUAGCACUGUGUCAAGUGCUGGCCCAUCUUCACCCAAUACCUCGGACAACUCGCCCCGCUUCAGCUUCAGUGAGAAGUCGUCGCUCACGCCACAGAGCAGCGAAGAACAGCAGCAGCCUGCCCACCCGCCAACUCUGAGCCAGUCUGCCGGGCACAGUCACAAGGAUCCACAGCUGAACAGCCAGGCACAGCAAGUGGCUCAAAGUCAGCAGCCAUACCAGAAUCACAGCGGUCCCCAGGCAUCGACCAGUUUGACUGGGCAGGGACAGCAGGCAGCAGAAGAUCUGGUAGAAACCUAACACCACAGACCAUGAGGCCCACUCCUGAACUUUUCUUAUUAAAGAGAUUGAUGCUGUACUGUUUAUACCUCCGGGGCAUAGGCCUGAGGUCAGUCCAGUAAGUUACUGCAGCACUGUAGGAGCUAGACAUCUCAUAUUCGUACUGGUGGUCUGGUAUCACCUUGCAAAAUUGAACCCCACCCCCCCCACCUGCAAAGUGAUUGGUCAAGUUGGGUAUCAGUACCUCCCAUGUGAUGUAUUUGUAUACUGUACGCAUCUUACUCCUAUUACUGUACAGAAAACCAGCUAUUUCUUUUUCCAUGCAGUUUGUAAAUUUUACAAGGUUAUUUAAUGAUGGUCUUUUGUAAAUAUGGAAAUAUAUUUCUCAUGGACAUGGCUGGGAUUUUGGAUUCCAAUCUCCUGUUCUUCCCUAUAUCUUCACAACAUUGUCAUUGCUCCCAGUGAAGCAGAGAGGGAAUAUGAUCUUUAGUAUUUGAGUUCCUAUUAGGUGAGAUAUAAAGAAGUAACUGUCUUCAACGUCCUAUGAGCUGUUGACUGGACUGAUUCUCAGUUUUGUCUCACUCCUGAUAGACAGAAUGAUCUUGGCCAGGCAGGUGCUGGGAGAGUCUCUUCUUCACAUGUAGCAUGGAGCAUCAUUGGUGAAGCAACUUUCAAGAUGUGAUCAAGGAGGAGUCAUUUCAGGAGUUGACGCUCUAAAACCCUCAUCCCUGGUUGUAGAGGUUCAACUUCAGUGGUCAUAAGCUGGAGAAGCAGAGUAUUAAGCCAAAGAUUCCUUGAAUGCUGAAAAUGGUCCAUUUAUUUGGUAAGGAUCAGAUAAACUUUGUUAGCUUCCAAGUUUGUGUAAUCUGCCUUCUCACAGACUAUCUACUUGGAGGUCUGGUGAGAAGAGUUCUGUUGGGAAACACAAGUCCCACACAAUGUGCCCCAGCUAACUAGUAAGAAAAUAGAAAAUCCAGUCGGCUUGUUUUUUUUUAUCAAAACUGGUGUCAGCAACUCAUGAGGCUUUACAGUUUCAGGAGUAGAGCUAUGUCUCUGAAUAAUAAGUCAAUUUUCCUUGUAAAUUUAAAUAUCUUAAUAGAUGAGCUGUGUGUUUUCUUUGAGGUGGAUGUCCAUGUUUAUAAGUGCCUCGUGUCAGUUCAUCUGUAGUUCAAUUUUGACUCAGCUGGUAGCAACUUCCCUUCUGCACCACAAGUUGUCAGUUCAACUCCCACUCAGAGGUUUGAGAGUAAGGGUUUUGGCAGACAGUGGCAGUUCAAGUCUGAACUCUCACAGGUGAAUAGAGAUAACAACAUCAGAUUGAACUCUCUGCCCUCUCAGAGGGACAUAAAGGACCAGUGAUGCUCUUCAGCUCAAAAACUAUACCUGGGCUGCCAGCAUCAAUAAAAUAUUAUCUGGCUAUUAUCAUCUUGAUGUUGUACACAAUAAUCUGCCAGAUUUUCACUCUAAAGCACACCAUCCUGAGGCUGUGGAAUACAGUAAAUCUAUGAUUCUUUUUAUCUGGAGAGGAAAGAUUGGUCUGGGUGGCACCUUCUGAUCAUGCUGUGUGUGCACCAAGACCAGGUAACGUUUUUUCCCAAUUAAAUGUUCUAAAGUUCUUUAGAUUCAUGUGUGAAGAACAGGAGAAGCAACAACAGACAGCAUCUCCCAUGGAUCCAUGAUCCCAACAUGAGUUAAUGCUUGCAGUUAUUACUGUAUAAUAACAACAGAUCCCAGCAGUAACAGCUUUGAUGGGAAUCAAUCACUCCAGGGUCAGGAUAUCACAGUGUAUAACAAUUGGAAUUGAUUGUUUUGAAGCUGAUUUUUGUGUUCUUUUGACUAUACCUUUCUAUGUGUUAAAGUUUAGCAAUAGUUGCGCCAGGAAAUGAAUAACUGUUUUAUGAUGAUGUGAUGCAUCUACUAAGUGAUAGGUUGGUUGUGUGUUGAAAGUCUUCUAGGAGCACAGAAUCAGUUCAUAGAUUUAGGUUGAUGUUCCUGAAAACACUAAAUAACUAGUUUUAUUUUUCCUUCAUUUUACAUUAAGGAAUCGGGUUCAUUCUGCAGCACUGAUAGUACAUUAUUUCUGCUCAGAGUUCAAAUCCUUUCAUGGCUGUGGAAAAGUUUUAAAACUGAAUUUGAUAAAUCUGUGGGCUGGCAUCAAAAAGAGUUUGGAGAACUUUAAUAUCCCUCAGUGAGGGAAUUUGGCAUGUAUAUUCCUGUACAAAAUUUUCAGACCUUUGAUUAAAUACACAAGAUAUCAAGCUUCUUAUGCCAAAAAACUAAAGAACCUUGAGAACAUCACUGUCAGGCUUCAAAUGGUGUGUCAAGUCUAAUUCUGACCACCUACAAUGGGAGUGUAUCAAGGCAUUAAAACAGGUUUACUUCUGGUUUGGACUCUAUGAAUCGCAAUUCAAAUGGACACAGGACAGAACCUUCCAAUGUCCCCUGUUUUUCACUGGCACAGUGUUGCCAAUGCGUUACCCCAGAGUAGAUCAAUGGACUUAAUUUUUUUCAUUAAAGUCCUCAUAGCUAUAGGUUCUCGCACGGAAAAAACUGACACUGCCAGCUCUUUAGUCUCAGUGUUCUGCUUUUAAGAACCAAGACUCUUAAACACAUCUAAAAUUAAAGAUUGAAAUUCUUAGAGGAAAGAUUUCUAUGCAUUUGUUUAAAGUAUCAUUUUAAAUCUUGGUAUAUUUCAUAAAAAUUUGGAUUAAGUUAGUGGGAAGGAAUGAAUUAUACUUUACGCUCCUAAGCUAGUGUAAACUUUCCUCAAUGUUAUUCUCAUGAAUAGCACAUUGAUACCAAGAAGAAGGUGUCUGAUUGUGACUUGCUCCUCCCUGGUUAUGAUCCUGCGAUACGCACUGUCUAGGUUCAACAUAGACUUAGAGUUUCUGGGAAUUACAGCCUCCUUAACAGGGGAAACAGGGUUAUUUCAAAUAAUGGUCUAGUUUAACAUUGUCUACCAUGGAAAUAGUAAUUCAAAAGGCAAUCAAAGACUGUUGAGCCCAGUCUGAGAAACUUGAAUGGGUGUGUAACAUUUUAGUACUUGGCAUGGGUGCAGCCACUUAAGCUCUUUCAGUAAAACCCUUUUGUUGUUUCUAGGUGGUGUGCUGGACAGCUGGAAACGCUGAGCUUAUCAGUAAAAUAAGUGGAGAGGUAGCUGUUGCAGGAGCAGGGAGCUGAACUUAGAGGUUGUAUGUGAGUAAGAGCUUGAGACAUGUGGAAUGCUUCCCGCAGCUCAAUUAGUACAACUUUUUCAUUUAUUUUCAUUGAAUAUUAAAGAUUGGCAACAUGUUUGGUUAAUCCUUGUAAGUUUUAGUUAAAUACUGAAAAAGAUGGGGGCUGAAGACCCUCCUACUGAUUCAUUAAUGGAGGGAGAGGAGUGAGAAGGGAGGUCAGUUAAAAUUUGACGUGAGAUAUUCACUGUGGAAGCAUGGAUUGGGGAGGAAAUGUCACAUGAAAUUAAUGCUGUGGAGGUCCACCAUCCUAAAGCACAGAAACAGCAGGUAGCAUUGUAACUAAAUGUUACAACUCUAACUGAUUCGCACUCGCACCUCAUAGCCAAUGCAGUAGGAAUUCAGUGAGAGGAGGCUGAGUGACUGGUUCCUGCCUAAAAAUUGCUUUAAAAAAAUUCAAGUUCUGCUCUAAUCUGUUGCAUCACUUUUUCAGAGGACUUUUAACAGUUCCCACAAGCAAUACCAGCUGGUGCCUUUAAAUAGAUUAAAAAGCGAUAUUAAGCUCUACUUUAAAAUGACUCAGUAGCACUGGCUAUGAUUUUGGUGAAAGGAACUGGGAUAUCAUUUUAGAUUUGAGCCUGCAGUAUAGGUUUGUGCAAAGUUUCAAACUUCAAUUUUUCUGGCAAAACAAAUCCCAAAUGUGAUAAAAUACAGAACUCAAUGUGAUGUUAUUUUGUUUUGUAAACCACUAGAAGUUGACCUUACUAAAGAGAGACGCUUGGCACAUUAUGUCAAUUCAGGGUCAUUGUGUGAACAUUCUGGAUUAGAUCUCACUUUCCUGUUCUGUCUCUUGUGUCCUUAGGCUCACGUGACCCUAAGUUCUGGAAUUCCUGUCUUUAAUUCUUCUUUCCUCAUAAAAGUCUUAUAACCUGGUCUUUAGGUAAAACCUUGUUCCAUGUAUUUUGUGUGUAUUCAUUUUUUUGUUAAUUGUCAUGUGAAACACUCUGGGACAUUUCACUGUAUUAUGAUGUGGUCAUUAAGUUAAAUAUUCCUCCCUCAACUAUUUCCAUGUUCCAAUAGCUGACUGCACAAGGAGAUUUCUCCCAACUCCUUGUCACUCCCUUUCAUAAGUUAAAUUAUUUGAUAAAUGAUAUUUUUAAAUCCCUGCUAUUUAGAUUACCCUUUAGCUGCUUGUGGUAGUGCCAUCAAAUAAAUAACCAGCAUGACAUGAAAAAGCUAGAAUUCAGAAGAGAUUCUUACACAGGUUUCUGUAUCACACUGCUCUGUUACCUUGUCUGGAGCAGCUCUGCAGCUCUACAACUGGUAUUUCUGCAGGGGAAAUUGGUGAGAACUUCUAAUGUGACAGAUCUGCCAUUCUAAUAGAGACUGAGAAAAUAGCAGCUAUGAAGAAUUUUCAGUGCAUCAAGCCUUUGUUAAUGGGUAUGAAUGGGUUUGCUGAAAUGGUUCAUAGUACAGUACUAGGGAUAUGGUGUAUUUAAAUUAUUAAUCAGUAUUUUUUAAGUGGCUUUGCCAAAUAAAGCUGGGGGACUGUAGCAGAAAUAUGGUCUUCGCUUGUGUAGAAACCAUAUAGGAGUGCCUACUGAAACUGAACAUAAGAGUACUGCAGCAAGAUACAUAGCACAGGAGGAACUCAGCGGAUCAGGCUGCAUCCAUGGAGGAAAGUGGACAGUUGGCAUUUCAAGUUAAUGCCCUUCAUGUUGGCCGACUUGCUGAGUUCCUCCAGUUUGUUGUGUGUUGCUCCAGGUUCCAGCUUCGGCAAUUUCUCUAGUGUCUCUCCAAAGUACUGUGGGUCUGGGAAUCUGAACUAUUUUUAAACCAUUGAACAAUUCAACUUGAAACAUAGCAGAACCAUUUUAAAAACAAAAUGCUUUUGAUCACUGAAAAUGAUGAAAAAUCAUUGAGCUACAAAAGCUUAUUGACUUUUUUGAUUGAGUUCAAUCUCACUUAAAGGACUUGCACCACAUAUGAUCUCCAUCCCUUCUGUUUCCCAAGGGGGCAUCCAGUCCCCAAGAGUCCAUUCAUCCUGAUUGUUUUGCCGGUAACAUUCUUUAUGCAAAGUGUUUUGUGUGAUCUCUGUUUUUCUCUCUCUCUGACAUUUCUAUGGCUCUUUUUGAUCUGGUGCUUAAUCCCUGCCCAUCAGAUUGUUGCUGUUUGUUGCUUCAUAGUUGAUCCUGCAAUAGUGAAAGUUAUAAGUAAGUUUCCUUAAGCCGAUUUGAUGCACUCUCCCAGUAAUUAACAGUGAGUUAUUGAGUUGUACUUAUCACGUGAUGUUUGUGCAAGAAUUGCAUUGCUUAAUCAGUUCUUCACUUGCAUAAAUAUCUUUGCACUUUUUGUAUAUUUUCUAAGGAAAAUGUCAGAACAAUAUAUUUGAUAGAUUGACCACUGUGCGUUAUUUAUAUUACUGAAUCGAAAGUUUUCAGCAUGGUUUGGAAACUGGGUGUCAGAACAAGGAACAACAUCACAAAAUGAUAAGCAAUGAAGCUCACUCAGGUGUCAGUAGGCAUUAGGGUUCUGUAGGUUGAAUCUGCAUCUCCUCUUGUGUCUGGACAAAGGUUAUUGGAUAGUGAGCCUCCUCAUGAUGCUUAUACAAGAUAUUAGUGGAAGCUUUUUGGUAAUUGAAAUGCAAUUAUGAAAUUAGCAGACCUUAUCAGAUCAACGGGGAGCAAUAGGAUAGCCCUAUUGUAGAUUAAAUAAUCUUUGUAUUUUGCCCAGCAUUGCUUUCUUGCUAUUUUCAACUUGUAUGCAUUUGUUUUUUAUCUCUCUCUCUAUUGAAAUUCUUAGGUCAUUUUCCAGAUCUUGAACUUUAUUUGUGAGGUGAGGAGUUUAUCAUUCACAUCAGUUUUGUGGAAAUCUUCCCAUGAGACUGACCUAACUGAUAAACUCCACACCUAGCCUGGAUCCCUCAUUUCCCGUGGUAGACUUGGAAAAAGUUAUCCCUCCCUGGGUCAGAUAGGUGGGUUAGAGGACAAGCUCGUUCAAUGGAUUUAUUCUGUUAGUGAUCCCGUAUACUGGCUUGACCUUGUUGGGAAAUCCCUGCCACGUAAAUCUCUUAUUCACAUGCUGAGAUGUUCUGUACAGCAGGAAUGUGUAACCAGGAACCUCAGAAAGUGAUGCACAGUUCUUUAUCAGAGAGUAAAGUGUUUUUUUUAAAGAUUGGUUUAUUUCUUUGUGAUGUUGGGGAAGGGAGAUGGGAAUUGGAAUGCAUGGGAAGGAUUGUAAUACUCAUGGAAUCAUGAUAUCUUAACUUAUUAAAAUAUUUUCCAUUGUGUGUUUUACAAAUGAUUUCAUUAAUAAAGCUUGAGAAAUGCAACAAAAUCA